AUGGUCGGCGAUACAUCCGAUGAUUCGCCGGGUCCAUCGUCUUCUUCUCAAACAAAUGUAAUGACAACAACAGGCAAUGUGGAUAGAAGAUCAUUAUUAUCAGCUGCUUCAAUGGUUAGACAACAAUCAGAUACAACUGGAGUCAGGAGGCUAGUGAGGGCAAGAGCUGUUCAGGAAGAUGAUGAAGCUGGACCUCAUUCUAGUAAUAAUCUCGCCGCCACAAUGUCACCAAAUUUAUCGAGACCGACGAGAUAUGUUAAGUCGGUCUCACAGCAGCGGAGCGAAAGUUAUAUUCAAUUGAAUCAAUACAGGCUAAUGGAGGAAAUAGGACAGGGUUCUUAUGGAAUUGUUAAACUCGCUUACAACGAGGAAGACAAGAAUCUUUACGCGUUGAAAGUACUGGAUAAGAUGAAACUUCUGAAGAAUUUCGCUUGUUUUCGACAACCGCCUCCACGACGAAAUAAGGAAAAUGCAGCACCAUCAGUACUCAAAAAUCCCCUUCAAUUAGUACAAAAAGAGAUUGCAAUUCUGAAAAAGUUGUCACAUCCGAAUGUUGUCAAAUUAGUCGAGGUUCUCGAUGAUCCAAAUGACAACUAUUUGUAUAUGGUUUUCGAGUUUGUGGAGAAAGGAUCAAUUCUGGAGAUUCCAACAGAUAAACCACUAGAUGAGGAUACUGCGUGGAGCUAUUUCAGAGAUACAUUAUGUGGAUUAGAGUACUUACAUUACCAAAAAAUAGUUCAUCGAGAUAUCAAACCAUCAAAUCUAUUGCUCAGUGAUAUAGGGCAAGUAAAAAUUGCUGAUUUCGGAGUUUCUUGUGAAUUCGAAGGGAUCGACGCCUUCUUAUCGGGAACUGCUGGAACACCGGCAUUCAUGGCUCCAGAAGCACUUACAGAAGGAGCAAAUCACUUCUAUUCGGGUCGAGCCCAAGAUAUCUGGUCAUUAGGAAUCACUUUGUAUGCUUUUGUUAUUGGAACUGUUCCAUUUGUGGACAAUUAUAUUAUCGCACUUCAUAAAAAGAUCAAAAACGAUCCGAUCAUAUUCCCAGAAGCACCUGUUUUGAGUGAAGCACUUCAAGAUUUGAUUCUCGGAAUGCUGAAAAAAGAUCCUGGUCAUCGAUUGAUGCUUCAUGAAGUGAAAGUUCACACCUGGGUGACACGUGGUGGAACUGUUCCAAUGUCGUCAGAACAAGAGAAUUGCCAUCUUGUAACUGUGACAGAAGAAGAAAUUGAGAACUGUGUCAGAGUGAUACCUCGACUAGAUACUCUCAUUCUUGUGAAAGCAAUGGGACAUCGGAAGAGAUUCGGAAAUCCGUUCAGAAAUAAGCUGAGUGCGCAAUCAAGUAUUCGAGACAGACGGAAAAGCUCUUCUGUCAAAGAUCCAACCUAUGUUCCACCGCCUAACUCUCCUCCAGCUACAUCCAAUAACAACUCAAGCAACAAAGUCGACCGUCCAGAAAUCAAAUGUAUCGAGAUGAAUUUAUCGGGUUUAACGUUGAAAGUCGACGAAGCAAUGCAGCCGAAAGUCGAAUCCGCUAGACAAUGA